GAGAGGUGUAGAUGAGGCAAUUUUUUGAAGAUUAUUCGGCAAACGAGGAAGGCAUUGGCACAUGUCAUCGGACUGGCGAAUAGCCGUUCAGGAAAGAAGAAGAGGAAGAACGAAGAAGGCAUAGGAUUUCGAUAGGACUGGUUUUGCACUGAAAUUUUGGUUGAAUUUUACGAGAAAUACUGCGAAAUUGACCGUAAUUCAGAAGCAGAGAGGUUCGACGAAUGUAGGUGGCGACUUUGCUGUGGGCAGAGGUGUACAUAGUACGUUUAAGGGUACGCAUACACGUAUAAAAUGGAUGGAGCACUUGGGAAUGAGGCACAGGGACAGCAAAUAAUACUGGAUCCUCGUCAGUUAAGGCAAAUGGAACAGCAAGAGAUUCAGAAACAGCUAGCAAGCGUUCCGUCUUCUGUCCAUCAUUCACACCCGACUAUACCAAAAUUGACUACCGUGGGAAUGCCGUCGGUUGCCGUUGAAAUACCACAAGCGUCGUUGCCCAGUCUUCUCAAUUUAAAGAUUGCACCUCCGAUCGAGAUGCAGCUCUCUGGAACUCCAGAGGAGCAUGGUAAUAAGGCCGAAGAGGAGCGUGAUGGCGACAAUGAGGACCUGUGCAAAGAAGGAAGAAAUGGUGUAUCCGACAUAGUGAGCACGACCAAGCUUCCUGUUGCUUUGGAACAGGCGCUUGCAUUGAAAACUGAGAGAGUCAAGGAGCUGGGCGGUGAUCUGAACGAUGACCACGAUAACAGCGCUCACGGCCAUGCAAUGUUUCAAACAUCACAUCCAUCUAACCCAGCUUCUGACUUACGCGACAACUUACUACCAGACUCGAUUCUCUUGGAGGACUUACUUCCGGAACCAGACGCACCACGGGUUAGACAGGAUGUGAGGGGAACCAAGAACCGCAAAAAGAAAAAGAAACGGAAGAAGAAGAGCAGCGAUGAGAAGAAUGAGGAUGUAAACGAGACCAGGACGCCUGAUGUCAAGGUCAGAAACAUUGACGACCCGCAGAUUGAGUACAUCCAAGAGAUCCCGAGUAUCAAUGACUUGGAACCAAUGUAUCGUCAAUUUGCCAGAGUUUUUGACGCGUUCAAGCUGACGGAACCUGAUGUUCGCGGUGGCACGGGCAUAGGCCAAAAUGCAACAAGUGAUAAGAUUGAGCCCAUUGGCCAGUAUCCACCAUUGACAAACACAUUGGCAGCGGGUCCACUUAGCAAAAUCCCGCCUAUUGACGACUUUGACGACGACCCAUCCCAGCAGAAUCAGCAUAAUCAGCAGGGCGGAGGCCAGGGCAUCGGAGAAGGAGGCACACCGCGUCUUUCUAAACGCAAACUGAAGAGGCUAACGCGCCUGAGUGUGGCUGAACUGAAGCAACUCGUCGGGCGUCCAGAUGUUGUAGAGAUGCACGACGUCACAGCGCGGGACCCCAAACUUUUGGUGCAGCUAAAAGCUCAUCGAAAUACGGUACCUGUGCCAAGACACUGGUGCUUCAAGCGCAAGUACCUACAGGGUAAACGAGGCAUCGAAAAGCCUCCUUUCGAUUUGCCUGAUUUUAUCAAGCGUACCGGUAUUACGGAAAUGCGAGCGAGCCUUCAGGAACGGGAUGACACACGCACCUUAAAGGCGAAAAUGCGAGAACGGGCAAGGCCAAAACUUGGCAAAAUAGACAUUGACUACCAGAAACUUCAUGACGCAUUUUUCAAGUGGCAGACAAAGCCCCGUAUGACUAUACACGGCGAUCUCUACUACGAAGGUAAGGAAUUCGAAACGAGACUGAAGGAAAAGAAGCCCGGUGAAUUAUCCGACGAGUUACGAACAGCUCUGGGAAUGCCGGUUGGUCCGAACUGUCAUAAGGUACCGCCACCUUGGUUGAUCGCUAUGCAACGUUAUGGCCCUCCGCCGAGUUAUCCAAACCUCAAGAUUCCUGGUCUGAACGCGCCUAUACCCGAGGGAUGCGCAUUCGGUUAUCACGCUGGCGGAUGGGGUAAGCCACCCGUCGACGAGACGGGCCGCCCGUUGUACGGAGACGUAUUCGGUGUUGCCAGGGCGCCAGGGGUCGAUGCGAUGGACGAAGAAGUUGAUCGCGGUAUGUGGGGUGAGCCGGAAUCAGAGUCGUCGGGUGAGGACGAAGACGAGGACGACGCCGAGGACGGUAACGAAGGUGACGGGAUUGAAGGAAAAGAGGGCGAUGCCGGAGAUGCAAGUGGCUUGGUUACACCCGGUGCCGAAGGCUUAGUCACACCGAGCGGUAUUGCGUCAAUUCCGGCGGGGUUAGAAACACCCGAAACCAUUGAGCUCAGAAAGAAGAAGAUUGAGAGCGAAAUGGAGGGCGGGGACACGCCUGCGCUAUACCAAGUUUUGCAGGAGCGUCGCGCAGAGGGACUUGGGGCAAGCAUGAUGGGAAGUACCCAUGUGUACGAUAUGACUGGUGCAGUCGGAGGUCAGGCACCCCCCUCCGUCAUCGCAGCUGCUCGUAGAUCUGGGGCAGUUGGAACAAGCGCAUCGGGUGCCGGCGGAGGUGGUCUAGGAACAGCGGGUGUCGGCGGUAGUACAUCUGCCGAAGGUAAAGGUGACAGGGACGCAGCUGUUGAAUUGGCGCUUGAUCCAAGCGAGCUGGACCUUGAUUCAGAGGCAAUGGCUUCACGUUACGAAGAGACGAUGAGAUCGCGCCAGGCUCACCUGCGACGCGAGGACUUGUCCGAUAUGCUUCAAGAUCAUGUACAAAGGCAAAAGAGCAAGAGAAAACGUCAGCAGAAUCAGGAGACCAAAGCAUCCAAGAAGUACAAGGAAUUCAAGUUCUAAUUGAAACCUGUCUCGUCAACGUAUCCCCUAAUCAUAUUCCAAAAUUGUUCAUGUGUCUACCGUAUGUAUGUCAUUCAAGUGAUUCAAUACUUUCACAUUAUAUACGAACUCUAUCUGAAUUAUAAAAUGAAUGUGAUCAUUUAUAUCACUUUGCCCACCAUUACGUGUGCUACAUUAUAAUUGGCCAAAACUGUAUGCAUACACCCGGUAUGUCCCCGUACGCCAUUCGGCUUGUGCAGGGCAAGAGAGGCAAUAGAUUUGUGAAAGUGAUUGGGCGCCCGCAGCCUGGCUUAGGAUGUUCAAUAGAAAUCCGCGCGAAUGCAUAAAAAACAAGGAAAACUGCAGAAUACCUUACCCAGAUGUAGCUGGGCCGAGUUCAAACCUCAGCUUGCUGACUCAGCCCCCGACUGACAAUUGUUAAGAGUUUUCGCGCGGGUCCUCAUAGUCGUGCUGGGGAUUUGAACUCAAUUCCUCCCGAUUCACAGUCUCACACACCUGUGCGCGACACUACUCCGGCCGGUAGUACAUACAUACAUCAUACGUAAUUUUAUACAGUUGUGUAAAAUCCCCUUUUUCACCACGAAGAAUUACUGAAUUUCAUGCAACAACAACAGUGCAGGGGUUUAAGACCGAUGUGGUUCGAGCUUGUGCGUAAUUUAAAACUAGCUAAAAAAUAACGCAGGUUGUACUGAAAUACGUAUCUCUAAUAUUAUAUUAUCAAUACAAUAAUACUUUGGUUGGUGCACUUGUAUGUACUGCAUACUGUACUGUAACAUGACAUUAUGAAUCCUAUACAUGUUGCUUAAUCUGAGAAUGGUCGAUUUUCCACACACUAUACGUCAUCAGGAGACGCGAAAUAUGAUAAAGAAGUAGCAUCAGACAAGGUAACGUCAUUGCGAUUACAAAUCUGCUAAUCGCACUACCAAUGUCCAUCCAGCUACCUCGGGGUGUAACCGUAUGCAUGACUUGCAGUGUUAGACAAUCGGCAAGGAGGAUUGUCGUCAUGAAAAGGUUCGACGGUGCAAGGGUCCUGAUACCACACCCAACAACCAAUAGUGGAAUGCUGGUCUUCAGGACGAUCAGAGUACACAUGGUGAAUGGCGAGAAUACUGUAAGAAAAUGUCUUGUCCAUGUUGGGUCGAACGAACUAAUGCUUGCUAUGUUUCCAGUACCAAAGAACCCCAGUAGCACGUACAGCAU